AUGAAUUCGAAUGUCACUUCUGUCAAAUUAGUGUUACUAGGUGAAGCUGCCGUUGGUAAGUCUUCUAUUGUUUUAAGAUUUGUCUCUAAUGACUUUUCAGAAAAUAAGGAACCUACUAUUGGGGCUGCAUUUUUAACACAACGAGUUAACAUUGAUGAUCACACCGUCAAAUUUGAAAUUUGGGAUACUGCUGGACAAGAAAGGUUUGCAUCAUUGGCACCAAUGUAUUAUAGAAAUGCCCAAGCUGCAUUGGUAGUCUACGAUGUCUCAAAGCCACAAUCGUUCAUUAAGGCUCGCCAUUGGGUCAAGGAAUUGCAAGAACGAGCAAGCAGUGACAUUAUUAUUGCUCUAGCAGGAAACAAAGUAGAUAUCGUUGAAGAUGGCGGUGAACGUAAAGUAGCCACUGAAGAAGGUCAAAAACUUGCAGACGAAGAAGGUUUAUUAUUUUUUGAAACUAGUGCCAAGACUGGCCAAAAUGUAAAUGAAGUAUUCCUUGCAAUUGGUGAAAAGAUACCAAUAAAAAAACCAAACGAACAUGCUAACAAUGCAAAUGCGGAUGGAAGUAACGAUAACAAUAGGGUAGAUAUAACAUCCUCGGAUAACAAUGCAGCAGCAGUUUCAGGAUGUAAUUGUUAG